AUAUAGUUGAGAUAUUAUCGGGAGAAGUUCCUGGUAAAUCAUGAUGAUUGCUGACUGUCUGUCUUAUCUUAUCGCCUUCCUGUGCCGCAAUAUCGAGUGGGGCAACUACCUAAGGUAUGGUUAGCUCUUUGCGCCUGUACCUAUGUACCUGCCUGCCUUGACAUCACUGAAGACAACUUCGCAAUAGCUACGUGAACUUUCUAAAAGCAGUCUUCCUAGUAACGCCGAUAAAGUCAAGCUGUGUUCGCACCCAACACUGCCACAAAACAGCUGUAUAUCCCAUCUUCGCUCAAACUGCUGUCUAUCAAUCGUCAGGUUCUCUACAAACGGCGGAGUUGCUAUUCAGCAGGUCUGAGAGAGGAAGAUGAGUGGUGGUUGGAAUACCAUCGAGUCAGACGCGGGUGUCUUCACAUUCCUCCUGAACAAUCUUGGAGCCAAAGAUGUCCAGUUUGAGGAGCUGCUCACCUUAGAGCCCGAGGUGCUCGCCGAGUUGCACCCGGUCUACGGCGUCAUAUUCCUCUUCAAAUACCCCACAGAUGCACCCUAUGCGGCGACCGACAAGCCGCUCGACGGGACGUUCGACCACGAGGCGGCGGAGCGGAUCUUCUUCGCCGCGCAAACGAUCCAGAAUGCGUGCGGCACGCAGGCGCUGCUCUCGGUGCUGCUAAACAAGGAUAAGGAGGGCGGCAGCAGCGAGAGCGGUACCGGCAUCGACAUCGGCACGCCGCUGCGCGAGUUCCGCGAGUUCACAAUGGUGCUGCCGCCCGAGUUCCGCGGCGAGGCCCUCAGCAACAGCGAGCUGAUCCGCGACGUGCACAACAGCUUCGCUAAGAGCAGUCCCUUCGUCGACGAGACGCAGCGCACGAGCGGCGAGGCCGAGGACGCGUUCCACUUCAUCGCGUACACGCCCAUCAACGGCACGCUGUACGAGCUCGACGGCCUGCAGCCCGCGCCUAUCAGCCAUGGCGCCUGCGCGGCCGACGAGUUCCCUGCGAAGGUCAUGGAGGUGCUGCAGCGCCGCAUCGCGCGGUACGACAUGUCGGAGAUAAGGUUCAACCUCAUGGCUAUGGUGCGCGAUCUACGGGUGCGGGCGCGCGAGAUCGGCGAUGCCGAGGCGCUUGAGCGCGAGGAGCAGAAGAGGCGCGACUGGCAGUUUGAGAACGCCCUGAGAAGACAUAACUUUGUGGGCUUCGCGGGGGCUGUUCUGAAAGGUGUUGUUGAAGACAAGCUUGCUGAGGGAGGAGACGCGGCGUACGAGAAGUGGAUCGAGGAAGCGAAGGCGAAGACUAGGCAGCGCCUCGAGAAUAAGCGGAAGGGAGGUGGUGAUGGCGAUGUUGAGAUGGGGGGAUGAAAACUGACUUAUGGGCGGGGAGGUGUUGUCUGUUGUUCUGCUUCCGCUUUUUUUCGCUUGGGAUGAUUGGACCGGGGGGCCUGGCAUAGAUAUCGUCGACCGGAGCUUGGUAUUGGUAGAUA